AUGGACAGUCUCAUCGAAAGCGCCAACGCAACAGCCAAAAUUCCCCUCCAUCCAUUCUGGCCAUUGAACGCAGCCCUUCCUCAAUAUGCCGCCAACACACUAUCCUCCCGCGCCCUCGUAGCAUCCUUCGUCGUCGGCGCAAGUGUCAUUCUCGGAGUCACACUAUCGCUGAUCCAACAAUCUCGUCGAAAGCUAUCAAAGACGGAGAUCUUCAUGACACUCUGGUUCGCCCUCUGCGGAUGCAUCCAUUUGUUCUUCGAGGGUACUUACUCCCCUUCUGAUACCGAGUUGGUAGUGGCGCUAAUGGAUCAAUCAGGUUACUUCGCCGUCAACUUCGCCGACAUCUCCAGCAGACAGUUCCUCUUCGCCCAGCUCUGGAAAGAAUACUCCCUCUCAGACUCUCGCUACCUUACCCAAGAUUCCUUCCUCGUCCCCAUGGAAGCCAUAACCGCCUUCCUCUGGGGUCCUAUGUCGUUCUUUUGCGCAUGGAGUAUCGUCAAGCAACAUCCUCUGCGACACCCGAUCCAGCUGAUCAUCAGUGUUGGACAAAUCUACGGCGAUCUGCUGUACUUUGGUACCUGCUACUUCAACGAGAUUGUUCAUCGCAUUGUGUACUGUCGCCCGGAGCAGUUUUACUUUUACAUGUAUUAUGUUUUCUGUAAUGCGAUCUGGAUUGUUGUUCCGAUGGUUUGUGUGGUUCAUAGCGUUGUUCAAACAAAGAGGGCUUUUGCAGAGGUUCAGGAGGCUGAGAGGGUGAAGAAGGGGAUGUAA